UAGCGCGGUGACGAGCAAAGUGUGUGCCCGCCAUAGUGAUAGCAGCCGCCGGGCCGCGGUGCGUGGGGCCGGGAAAAGGCCGAGAGGACGGCAAGAGAAGCGGCGGCGGGGCAGGAACCGCACAGGGUGAGUCAUGACUUCAUGUUCUGAGCUUGUGGAUUCCAAGGCUGAGCUUACUGCUUUGCUUGAGCAGUGGGAGAAAGAGCAUGGCAGUGGACAAGACAUAGUUCCUAUCCUUACUCGAAUGUCGGAAUUGAUUGAGAAGGAGACAGAAGAGUACCGCAAGCGAGAUCCAGAUCCAUUUGAUGAUAGGCACCCUGGUCGGGCAGAUCCAAAAUGUAUGCUUGGUCACUUGCUGAGAAUACUCUUCAAGAACGAUGAUUUCAUGAAUGCAGUGGUGAAUGCUUAUGUGAUGACAAGCAGAGAACCACCAUUGAAUACCGCUGCCUGCCGACUCCUUUUGGACAUCAUGCCGGGGCUGGAAACUGCUGUUGUCUUUCAGGAGAAGGAAGGCAUAGUCGAAAAUCUGUUCAAAUGGGCCCAAGAAGCUGAUCAGCCGCUGAGAACGUAUGCAACUGGAUUGCUAGGAGGUGCCAUGGAGAACCAAGAUAUUGCUGCCAACUACAGAGAUGAGAAUUCUCAAUUGGUGGCAUUUGUGCUUCAGCGCUUGCGAGAGCUGCAAGUCCAUGAAAUGAACACAAAACAUGAAAAUAAGCGGCCCAGCCCUCGAAAAGUGCCAUCAGACCCUCUGCUGCCUCUAGAUGAAGAGGCUGUGGACAUGGAUUAUGGGGAGAUGGCUGUGGAUGGCGAGCAGGAGGAAGUGGCGGGGGACAUGGAAAUCUCGUUCAAUCUUGACUCAAAUCACAAGACUAGUAGUCGGGUGAACUCAGCCAUAAAAAAAUCAGGGAAGCAGCACGAAAGAGAAAAUUUCCGGAAAGCAAAACAAAAACUCGGCUUCUCUUCAGAGACAGAAAAGAUGUUUGUUGAACUGUCCAAUAGCAGCUGGUCUGAGAUGUCUCCAUGGGUGAUUGGCACAAACUAUAACUUAUACCCUUUGACCCCCGCUAUAGAGCAAAGACUAAUUCUGCAGUACCUGACUCCCUUAGGGGAGUAUCAAGAGCUGCUUCCCAUUUUCAUGCAACUUGGAUCACGAGAUCUGAUGAUGUUCUAUAUUGAUUUGAAACGGACCAACGAUGUGCUGCUCACUUUUGAAGCCCUAAAGUAUUUAGCAUCACUGCUGCUCCACAACAAGUUUGCAACAGAGUUUGUUGCUCAUGGAGGUGUACAGAAGCUACUAGAGAUUCCCCGUCCGUCCAUGGCGGCUACAGGUGUCUCCAUGUGCUUAUAUUAUUUGUCUUACAAUCAGGAUGCCAUGGAAAGGGUAUGCAUGCAUCCCCAUGUGUUAUCAGAUGUUGUCAACUACACCUUGUGGUUGAUGGAGUGCUCUCAUGCCUCAGGCUGCUGUCAUGCUACGAUGUUCUUCUCUAUUUGCUUCUCAUUCCGUGCAGUCUUGGAGCUCUUUGAUAGGCACGAUGGCUUACGGCGCCUAGUUAACUUGAUUAGCACGCUAGAUAUCUUAAACCUGCAAACUCAAGGUGCGCUGCUGAGUGAUGAUGAGAUCUUCGCUAGCCGCCAGACUGGGAAACACACUUGCAUGGCCAUGCGCAGGUAUUUUGAAGCUCACCUUGCCAUCAAAGUGGAACAGGUGAAGCAGUCACUCCAGCGCACAGAAGGUGGAAUUCUGAUCCAUCCACAGCCUCCGUAUAAGGCUUGUUCCUACACACACGAGCAGAUUGUAGAGAUGAUGGAGUUUCUAAUAGAAUAUGGUCCCGGACAGCUAUAUUGGGAUCCAGCAGAGGUCUUCCUCAAGCUGUCUUGUGUGCAGCUCAUGCUCCAGCUUAUCUCAAUAGCGUGCAACUGGAAGACCUACUAUGCUAGAAAUGAUACAGUGCGUUAUGCCCUGGAUGUUCUGGCCAUCCUUACUGUGGUUCCGAAAAUCCAAUUACAGUUAGCAGAGGCAGUGGAUACGGUGGAUGAGGGAGGAACUUCUAUUUCCAUUGUGGGUAUCAGCAUCAUCCUGGGACUUGCUGAAGGCGAAUACUUUAUUCACGAUGCAGAGAUCCAGAAAUCAGCCCUUCAGAUAAUCAUAAACUGUGUGUGUGGCCCAGAUAAUCGCAUCUCCAGUAUUGGUAAAUUCAUCUCUGGUACCCCUCGACGGAUGCUUCCUCAGGCACCAAGGAGCAGCGAGCACACUUUGGCCAAGAUGUGGAACGUGGUACAGUCCAACAACGGCAUCAAAGUACUGUUGUCACUGCUGUCCGUCAAAAUGCCCAUUACGGAUGCGGACCAGAUCCGAGCGCUGGCCUGCAAAGCCUUGGUUGGGUUGUCACGCAGCAGUACAGUCCGGCAGAUCAUCAGCAAGCUGCCCCUCUUCAGCAGCUGCCAGAUCCAGCAGCUGAUGAAGGAGCCCGUGCUCCAGGAUAAGCGCAGUGAGCAUGUGAAGUUCUGCAAGUAUGCGGCUGAGCUGAUAGAGCGCGUCUCGGGAAAGCCCUUGCUGAUCGGGACAGAUGUCUCCCUGGCUCGACUGCAGAAAGCAGACGUGGUGGCUCAGUCGAGGAUUUCGUUCCCUGAGAAGGAGCUGCUCCUUUUGAUCAGGAACCAUCUCAUCUCCAAAGGGCUAGGAGAAACGGCUACCGUCCUUACAAAGGAAGCGGAUCUACCCAUGACGGCAGCGUCUCAUUCCUCUGCCUUCACCCCUGUUCCUGCCGCUGCCUCUCCUGUGUCGCUGCCUCGUACCCCUCGUAUAGCAAAUGGCAUUUCAGCCCGGUUGACUAACCAUCCUCCUGUAGGUUCCGGUGCUCCCUCGGUCCAUGCCCAGCCAAGGCCGACUGCCUGCCAGGGCUCACUGGCACUCCCGGGGCCAUCUCAUGCAACCAGCUCGCCUGUGAUUGGCAGGAUUAGCUUCGUCCGAGAGAGGCCAUCUCCCUGCAAUGGCAGGAAAAUCAGAGUGCUUCGGCAAAAGUCAGACCAUGGCGCCUACAGCCAGAGCCCAGCUAUCAAAAAACAGCUGGACAGGCACCUCCCUUCCCCUCCCACGCUGGACAGUAUAAUCACAGAGUAUCUUAGGGAGCAGCACGCUCGCUGCAAGAACCCUGUGGCCACUUGCCCCCCCUUCUCUCUUUUUACACCCCACCAGUGUCCUGAGCCAAAACAGAGGCGCCAAGCGCCAACUAACUUUACCUCGCGGCUGACCCGCAGGGCAGCCUUUCCAAAGUAUGGCGGGGUGGAUGGUGGAUGCUUUGAUAGACACCUUAUAUUCAGCAGGUUUCGUCCAAUUUCUGUGUUCCGGGAAGCAAAUGAAGAUGAAAGUGGUUUUACAUGUUGUGCAUUCUCUGCUCGGGAACGAUUCCUGAUGUUGGGCACCUGUACGGGGCACCUGAAACUCUACAACGUCUUUAGUGGGCAGGAGGAGGCCAGCUAUAAGUGCCAUAACUCUGCCUUCACGCACCUUGAGCCAUCCAGGGACGGCUCUUUAUUGCUGACAUCCGCUUCAUGGAGCCAGCCUCUUUCUGCAUUAUGGGGAAUGAAGUCUGUCUUUGAAACCAAGCAUUCCUUCACAGAUGACCACUAUGUGGAGUUCAGCAAACAUUCACAGGACAGAGUCAUUGGCACAAAGGGGGACAUUGCCCAUAUCUAUGAUAUUCAGACUGGCAACAAGCUAUUGACUCUGUUUAACCCAGAUCUUGCAAACAACUACAAGAAGAAUUGUGCCACCUUUAACCCCACCGAUGACCUUGUCUUAAAUGAUGGUGUCCUUUGGGAUGUCCGCUCUGCACAGGCUAUACAUAAGUUUGAUAAAUUCAAUAUGACCAUCAGUGGUGUUUUCCAUCCAAACGGGCUGGAAGUCAUAGUCAACACAGAAAUUUGGGACCUGCGAACUUUCCACUUGCUGCAUACAGUGCCAGCCUUGGAUCAGUGCCGUGUAGUCUUCAACCACACAGGAACAGUUAUGUAUGGAGCUAUGUUGCAGGCUGAUGAUGAAGACGACCUGCUGGAGGAGAGGAUGCGAAGCCCCUUUGGGUCAUCUUUCAGGACAUUCAAUGCAACAGACUACAAACCCAUUGCUACCAUUGAUGUAAAAAGGAACAUCUUUGACCUGUGUACAGAUACAAAGGACUGUUACUUAGCUGUUAUUGAGAAUCAAGGAAGCAUGGAUGCCAUGAACAUGGAUACUGUGUGCAGGCUCUAUGAGGUGGGCAGGCAGCGUUUGGCAGAAGAUGAGGAGGAAGACCAGGAGGAAGAGGAACAGGAAGAAGAUGAUGAUGAGGAUGAAGAUGACACAGAUGACCUUGAUGAGCUGGACACUGACCAGCUGCUGGAGGCUGAUUUGGAGGAAGAGGAGAACAAUGAGAAUGCAGGUGAAGAUGGAGAAAAUGACUUCUCACCUUCUGAUGAUGAGGAAUUGGCCAAUCUGCUUGAAGAGGGGGAUGAAGGAGAGGAUGAAGACUCUGAUGCAGAUGAGGAAGUUGAGCUGAUCCUUGGUGAUAUGCAGCCCUGCUUCUCUGCAAUCAGGCUCAUGAACCUGGGGGCAAUACCCUGUCAGGUGUCCAGCAGUUUGCUUGUAUAUUUGUCUGUCAGUCCACUUUAUGUUCUUUAUGGUGAUAGGUAUUUUGUCCAGAUCCUGCCACGACAUCUUGCAUAGUUCUAAUUAAAAGAUUAAUUGUACCUUAAAAGUCGCUAUGUAAUUGUUGUUUUGUAUUACUGGGGGAGAGAAGCUCAUGCCAGGGCUCUAGGUUGCAGAUAAAAAAAAUUACCCUGUGCUUGCAGUAGAGGCCAGUGAUGUCAGGGUGAGAAAUGUCUGAAGCUAUUUGUUAGCAAUAUUUUUUAUUGCAAGACCAUCUUAACUCCACUCACAGGCAGCUUCCUUCCAUAAUAUCACAAUAUUGAAAUUUUAAAAAGACCUAGUUCCAACCUCCUGUUGUCUGCUCUGAUAAGAAAAAUGAGACUCUGUAGCUGCCUGUCCUUUAUCACUAACCUUGCUGAUCUCAACAAGGCAGGGGCCGCUUGCUUCUGCCUGCAAAAUGGAAUCUUUUGUCCAUCUUUGCCCUUUUGAGUGCCUUCUCAUGUAAGAACAGUGCUAUGAAGCAUCUAGAAAAAACAGUACAUGGAGGGAGGAGUGUGUGAAAAAAUGUGACAUUGACUGAGCAUUUGGGGAGGAGAGGAGUGUGUGGAAGCAGGGGUAGGUAGCAUGCAAAAAUAGGUUCAAAUAUUGACACUUUGGGAAGAGACCUUUUAAAUGAAAAUAAAUUAAAGCGAUAUUUAGAGUGCACGCAGGGAUUCGGUGCUUUUUCCCCCUCCCAUCUAUUGUGACCCUCAAUUUGAAGGUUAAUUUGCAGAUCAGUGAUGAUCUCCCUUUAGAGAAAAGACAAUUUUCUAAAGCCUCAUGCCCAAAACUCAUUGAUCCCAAGCUUGAUCAUUCCUCCUUAGGUGAAAAUCUCAUGAGAGGAAAGGGAAGCCCUCAUUCGGAAAGUCGUUCAGACUUCUAUUGGAUAUUAAAAACAGUCCAAAAACUUGUUGUAAUAUAUAAUAGAAAUAGGCAGUCCUCUGGGUUUAACUUCAGCAUGGUGUUUGUGAGUGCCAGGGACAGCUGGUAUUAAGCAUACCUUGAUCUAGUCUUGAUCUGGUAGUAAUUUUCUGAUGAUGUUGGUCCAGUAAGUUGAAUCCUGGGCAAGUGUAACUUCAUUUCUGAUGUUCAGGCUGUCAGAUUUUGAUUUUUGAUUAAAAAAAUUUUUUUUUGAUGGAAUUCAUUAGGUUGGACACAUGCAAACAAUUCUGACUGGGAUAGUGUUCAUUGAUGGCAAAGGCCAACAAAUUCUUGUGUCUGUCAGAAUUCAUUACCCACCUUUCCUGCAUUUACUGUUAGGCUGGGCUUACUUAAACAAUUCUGAUGAGUUAAGUACACUUACGUACCAACCUCUCCUGUAGCAGCUAACCCUCCAAACUACAGCAUAUAUAUCAAGUACCAAAAGCAAAGAACAACUCUACACCCUGAACCGCAGUAUUAACCUCAGCUACGACACUUUCUUGAAAUAGGGGUGUAAAAAGUUGUGUUCCCCUCUCUUCAGGUGAGUUCAAUAACAGUCCAGUCACAUCCAUGACAUAGCCUGACUCCUGUUGCUGGCUUAAAGAUCGCUUUUUCUGGUAGAAGUAUGGACAAGGGAAGGGCCCUGGCUGCAAAGGGAGACACAAAGCUUAUGCUGUUUUCUUGCCAGCCCUGCAAAGCUUUUGCACUACUGCAGUUUUCUCUUAAUAAACACCACUGUAGCCUUUCUGUCUUUUUAUUUUAGACUUAUUUGGGUGCUCAGUAGCACGUGGAACAGAAUCUGUUCUCUUUUUUUUGUUAUAGGCUUUAGAUGUGUGUUGUCCACCUUUUGAAUAGGACAAUGACAUAAUGGGAAGAAAGAGAACCAAGCUGCAUUUUGUAAGUACUGAGCGUGCUCCAUGGCACUUGAGCAUGCUCAGUAGCUCAAGUUUAAGAAAUCUGAUGGGAUAAGGGAAAUCUGCAGUAGUGCAGAAGCUUUGAGAGUAUCAAGAAAAGAGCAUGCUCUCCCUCCCUUUGCAGCCAGUCCUACCGCCUUUUCCCCAUAAAUACUUACCACAUGCUUUAGCUUAAUAAGAACAAAAUCUCCAUGCUCUGUCUGUGGAAACUCACCCUGUAUUAGUGCCGGUGGCAUCUUUUAUUCCCAAUACAGAGGAUUUUGGAGCUGCCCUAUUAUUUCCCUGGUGUGUUUUCAGUAAGUCAUGAAGGCAUCUUGCUCUGGUGGUAAGUGAUCUUGUUUAUGUUGGAAAGUUGCACUUGGCUUGUGAUGGAGGAAACCUGUCUGUCCUGUUUAUUUCAACAACCAAGACUUUGGUGUUCGUUUGCCUCGGGUUCCUAGCUGAAAUACCGCUAAAAGGGAUGGCUUUGACUUUCGUUGCUACUGCUAAAAGUUAUGGUCUUUGAUUUGAACAGGUUACCCUGCUUGGUAUCUUUUUGACAUUUGAAUCAUUGUGUUGUUCAAAUAAC